AUGGCUACAGAGCCAGCCAUUAACCCUCAUUAUCAAGAUGGCAAAGCUGAAGCAGAUGAGUGGUUCAAAGAAUUGCUACAAUUAAAAGGCAAAGAGGAAUUGAAGUUCAACAAGACCGACUUUGGAUUCGCGGCCGCCGUUUGGGCCCCUUCGGCUGAAAAAGACAGGUUUCGCACAGCGGUUGACUGGGCAAAUUGGAUAUUUUAUUUUGACGAUCAGUUUGAUGAAGGACCUCUGGCAAACGAUCCAGUCAAGGCCCAAGAAGAAGUUGACUGCAUUCUUGGAAUUCUAAACGACAAGGGCCCUCGUGUCCAAACCAACAAGCCUCUUCAGUAUGUGUUUCAGGCCAUCUGGGAUCGAAUAAAAAAUAGCAAUGCGCCAGAAGUACAAGAACGCUGGAAGGACUCUCAUAAGAAAUACCUCGAGGGUCUUCUCUACCAAUCAAAACUCUCAAAAUCUAGCUCUGCUCCCGCCUUGACUGUAGACCAGUAUAUGAGCUACCGAAGAAGAACGAUUGGAGUGGUUCUGGCUAUACGGCUGGUAGAGUACGCUGGAGACAUAAAGCUCUCUCAAACACAAAUGGAUCAUCCGUCUCUUCAACUGUGCACCAGCACUAUCGUGGAUCUUGUGAUUCUUUCAAACGAUAUUUUGUCAUACAAAAAAGAAGUUGAAUUAAACGACGCGGGAAAUAACUUGAUCACAAUACUCAAGGCACAUAAUCUCUCAGAUCAAGAAGCUAUGAACAGCAUAGGCAAAAUGCUUGAUGAUUGUUACAAAGAUUGGCAAAGCGCUCUGGAUCAGCUACCCGCUUGGGGAGAAGAGAUUGACAGAGAGGUGCAGAAAUACCUGGAAGCUUGCCGUAACGUGGGCCUUGGAAAUCUUCACUGGAGUUUCCGUUCUGGUCGAUACUUUGGUUCCUGCGGCGAGCAAGUUCGCCAAACUCGAAUCUUAUCCCUUCCUCCAUGCUAA